AUGUCUGGCACUCUAAUAAUUUUAUCUCCUUUCAGGCAGGCCGUAUCUCACCGAAUGAUUGAAAGAAUAUUCUCAGGAGCUGUAACCAGGGACAGAAAGGUUCACAAAGAGUGCAGACUGAGCUACGCUGACUUUGUAUGGUUCCUCAUUUCUGAAGAGGACAAAAAGACUGAGACCAGCAUAGAGUACUGGUUUCGCUGUAUGGACCUGGAUGGAGAUGGAGUUCUUUCCAUGUAUGAGCUGCAGUACUUCUACCAGGAGCAGUGUCAGAAACUUGAGGCCAUGGCCAUUGAACCACUGCCUUUUGAGGACUGCCUGUGCCAAAUGUUAGAUAUGGUUAAGCCAGAAAUCCCAGGAAUGAUCACUCUCAGGGACUUGAAGAGAUGUAAACUUUCCCAUAUUUUCUUUGACACAUUCUUCAACAUUGAGAAGUACCUAGACCAUGAACAGAGGGAUCCUUUACUGGCUGCAAGGGAUGCUGAGACAAUGGGACAGGAGAUUUCUGACUGGGAGAGAUAUGCUGCAGAGGAGUAUGAUAACUUGGUAUCUGAGGAAGCUGCAAACGAGCAGCACAACGAUGGGAUCAGCACAGACUUCUAAUGGCAGGAUGAGUAGACUUGAAACAGCUAUGACAAUGUUCUAGACCCAGUUGAUCACAUAACAUGUGCUUUUGACCUGCGCAACGAGAAGAGACAUCUCUUUGAGAUCCCCAACCCUCACUGUAACCUGGACCUGGAUGAAUAUGAAUACGAGGACGAUUUCGAAUGACAGCCAACAACACAACACAAGUAAAGGCUACAGUCUGCUAGUGUGUAGAACAGGAAGUGGACCAAUCCUGCUCUCCAGUACUGAUGCCACGUAGUUCAGCUAACCAAGGCUUGAGAGUGUACAGAUACGCUCCCCCAGCCGCUGGAUACCAGACUGUAAACCAGCAGUCUGGCGAGGCUCUGUUUAGCAAGACGGAUUGUGCUGGCCCAGUCUCUCUGUCUGACAUCUAUGCACAACCAGGUUUCUGAAACAAAUGUAGCUGCACUGUAGUUUUCAAGCAACUACACUGGAACCAAACCGGUACACUUGAAAUAUUAAGUGUGCACUGAUUAUAAAUAUUUUAAUAUUUUUAUGCACAGAAUUGGCUAAUAAGACAUUCCAGAGAUUCACCAAAGUGAUUUCAUGUAUGGUUUAUUUCUCAUGGAGCUCUGUCGACUUGCCUUAUGUGUUUGAGGGUCACAUUAAUAUGAAAUAAUGCAGUAAUUAGACUGACAUUUUACUGUCUGUGUGAGAAGUGUUUCUAAAUUAUAAUGUAUUUGUUGUUUGCCUCAUUUGUUCUAAACCUUUAGACUUUAGUCCAGCUAAAUGUUUUCAACAAAUCAUGUUUGUAACAUUUCUAUAGAAGUGCUUCAUAACAAUGUGCUUUUAUUAUUGUCUUAAAGAGUUCAAUAAAGUGUUAAGACAAAAGUGUUUCACACAUUCACUGCAGGAUGUUAUUGCU